AUGCUCCAUAAAGACAAGCUAUUUGAGAUCAAGGUUCAUGGGCUGCCCCAGAAGAAACAGAGAGAACUCGAGGCCACACUGAGAGACUUUAUCACUGAUCUUGAUAGCCACGCCGAGGUGUCAUCACCGCGGAAAUGUAGAAAGACAUCCUCCCUCAAUCGCGAUCACGCAUACUCCAAAUCUGGUAUUCAGUGCAAUUAUGCUCCUUCUUCUCUAGGUUCCAACCUCCAGCCAGCUGACUCUACUUACGCCUCCAUGUCGGCCGGUGCCGAGUCUUCAAGCAUGCCUUCUAAUAUCUCCAUCUUGACUUCAAGCAAAACUUCAAAGGAUACGGUUGAGGGUUACCUCAGAGAUGUUCCUGAUGGCCUUCUCGCUAUUCGUCGCCUCGAGCAGCUCGUUACAGGCAGAAGUGAGGGUGCCGAUAUCUCGGAAACACCGCCUAUGCGGCCGGGUGGUAGCUUCAUCUUGGCGCGGGCCGUAUUGGAUGCACAGCCUAUCCGGGAAGCAAGAAUCCUCCGUCUAGACCAGCAAUCUCGCCCGUGGGGAAAUCAGUGUCAUUCAAGUGACCCUGGGGCGGCUGCUGAUUGUAAUAAGGACAACAUGGGGACUGAGUGCGAUGAUAGUGGCUUGGCCUCUGAUAGCAAGCCGUCCUCCCCAGCCCUUUCUCUGCCAAAACAGCGACCCACACGGGCAUAUGAUGUGGUUGGGGGUGAAGAAGUUGUGACCGGUUUUGGGGUGACCAACGUUACAACACGAAGAUUCUGA